GAUUACCAGGCCAUCGUGGACGCCGAGUGGAACAUCCUGUAUGACAAACUAGACAAAAUCCACAAGUCAGGAGCCAAAGUUGUCCUGUCCAAACUUCCCAUCGGGGACGUGGCCACGCAGUACUUCGCCGACAGGGACAUGUUCUGUGCCGGCCGCGUGCCGGAGGAGGAUCUCAAGCGGACCAUGAUGGCCUGUGGUGGAUCCAUCCAGACCAGUGUCAGUGCCCUGACAGAUGAUGUUCUGGGCCGGUGUGAACUCUUUGAGGAGACUCAGAUUGGGGGAGAGAGGUACAACUUCUUCACGGGCUGCCCCAAGGCCAAGACCUGCACGAUCAUCCUGCGCGGGGGAGCGGAGCAGUUCAUGGAGGAGACGGAGCGGUCCCUGCACGAUGCCAUCAUGAUCGUCAGGAGAGCCAUCAAGGUGAGCCCCGGGGGAGCUGCCUCCCUGCUGGGCUGCCACUGGGGUUCUUCCUCAGCCUUGGCACAGCCUUAAGUCCUUCUGGGAGCC